UCAAAUAUAGGAUGAAACUGUGUUGUUAACAUUCGUGUGUUGAAAAUUUUUUGGAAGCUUCGUUUCUGUUGACGAAAACAAUGGAAGAUGAAUUUUGGGAUGAUGAUCCAUAUGAUCCUUCUUCAGCACAAAGCAUCGAUUACUCGAAACUGCCCCAAUAUAAAUUUGAUGAAAACAAUGAUCGUCCAAAAUCUGAAAGACGUAUGCAUGAAUAUGGAUCGGAAGAAAAAAUAUACGAUAGAAAAUACAAUCAUGAUCGUUCAUCACAAAUAAGAGGCCGAAGGAGUGAUAAUUUUUCUAGAAAUCGACCAAUUGAAGAAUCAACAAAUAUCGAUGUUGAUUCAAGCAAUGUUGGUAAAAUAAUCGGACGAGGUGGGGCAAAAAUUCAAGAAUUGCAAAGAGAAAGUGGUGCCCGGAUUAAAGUCAUGCAAAAUAAUGAUAACGGGAACACUACCUUAGUUCGAAUUACUGGUUCAACUGAUGCAAGAUCAAAAGCAAAACUAAUGAUUGAAAAUCUCACUGCCAGUUUUAAUAAGCUAGCCACCGCAGGCUAUAAUAAUAAUAAUAGUGAUUUUAGCAUUCCUUAUGUAUCUACCAAUAAUUCAUCGGAGGAAGCACCUAUUGAUUGGGAUUUGUUAAAUCUGAAAAGUGAAGAAGCUAGACGCAAGAGGCUUGCUGCUUUGCCUCCAAUAAAAAAAGAUUUCUAUUUGGAAUCGCCAGAAAUUGCAGCUCUGAGUUCUAUACAAGUUGCAAAAAUUCGAGCUGAAAAUAAUUCCACUAGUGUAGUUGCAGUGGAAUCAGAAGAUAACAGGCCAAUACCUAACCCAGUGCAAACAUUUGAACAAGCUUUUAAAGAGUACCCAGAACUUUUACUAGAACUCAAGAAGCAGGGUUUCACCUCACCAUCUCCUAUACAGUGUCAAGCAUGGCCCAUCAUAAUGAAAGGAUACGACAUGAUUGGCAUUGCUCAAACAGGAACUGGGAAAACCAUAGCUUUUCUUUUCCCUGCAUUGAUUCAUAUAGUAGGGCAAGUAACUCCUCGUGAAGAGCGGAUAGGCCCCAGUUGUCUUGUCUUAGCUCCUACUCGUGAACUGGCUCAGCAAAUUGAAAUGGAAGCCAAGAAGUAUACUUAUCAUAACAUUAAAAGUGUUUGCGUUUAUGGUGGUGGAAAUAGAAGGGAGCAAAUCGAAGUAGUGACGAAAGGAGUUGAUAUUGUUAUUGCCACUCCUGGCCGCCUGAAUGAUCUGGUAAUGAAUAAGGUAGUGAAUGUCACUGGUGUAACUUACCUUGUGCUGGAUGAAGCUGAUCGUAUGUUGGACAUGGGGUUCGAGCCUCAAAUUCGCAAGAUUCUGCUUGAUGUUCGACCAGAUCGUCAAACGAUUAUGACAAGCGCAACCUGGACUAAUGAAAUUCAAGAAUUAGCUGCCAGAUACAUGACCAAGCCUCUAAAAGUUAAUAUUGGAGCUUUCAACUUAGCCGCUGUUCAUUCAGUUACCCAGCAUGUUAUAUUUGCUGAGGAUGAAAAUCGUCGAGAUUUGUUGAUGGACUUUAUCGAGCAGAUGGGACCCGAAGACAAAGCAAUCGUCUUUGUAGAGAGAAAAAGCAUUGCUGAUCAUAUAUCAAGUGAUCUCAUACUACAGAACAUUAUAGUCCAAUCGAUACAUGGUGAUCGUGAACAGUGCGAUCGUGAGCAAGCUCUGGAUGAUCUCAAAACAGGUUACGUUCGCAUACUUAUUGCUACUGAUGUCGCAUCUCGUGGUUUGGAUAUUAAAGAUAUCACUCACAUAUUUAACAUGUACUUUCCACGUAAUAUUGAAGAGUAUGUGCAUCGUGUCGGAAGAACUGGGAGAGCCGGUAGAACUGGGACCGCUAUUUCGAUUUUUACGAGAGAGGACUGGAUGCAUGCCCAGGACUUAAUUAAUAUUUUGGAAGAAGCCAACCAAUACGUGCCUCAAGAGCUCUUUGACAUGGCAAGGCGCUACAGGGCCUGGAAAUGUAAAAAAGACGCUGAAGAUGCUGCUUGUGGAGGCAGACGUAACAGAGGAAGGAGAUCUGGGCGGUUUUAGAUGCUUAAACCAACUGAAAUUGUUCAAACAUUGAACUGUGAGUACUUUUUGAACUUCGAGAGCUUUAAAAUCUUGCUGUCUUUCAACCAUCUGUCUUCUAUCUUUAUUUUGUUUUGUUUUUUCAAGUUUUUUCUGGCAAUAUGUUUCCUUUUUUUUUUCUAUUUCAUGUUAAAAUCUGCUAAAUCUACAUUGAGAAUGUGUUUAAACAUUAAGGGAAUCAUACCUUCGUGGAAAUAUUUUGUAUUCAUCAAAUGAGAAAUAAAUGUUUUUUUUAUUGUUGA